GUUAAACUAGAAAAUGAAAUGCCUGGAAAUGGCUCUUGUCUCAGUCACCACCGCAAAUUCCUCGAAGCAUAUUCUCUUACGCACUCUCUCUCGUUCUCACGCUUUCUCCUUCUCUCUCCACCGUCAAUUUCAACCACUCUCCUCUUCCUCCGCCGUGCUCCGCCGUCUUCCCCGGUGCCACGCCGCCUCCCCCGGUCCCCCACUCCCACCUUCCGAAAACGAUUCCAGCAGGCACCUUAAAGGAGCAGAUGUUGCUACAUCUUUAUCCAAAAUUCAAGAUAGAAUACAGAUCUUCUUUGCUGUUCUUUUCUGGAUGUCUCUAUUCUUUUGGGCUUCCGCCUGGGAUGGGAGGAAUAGACCAGACAAGGGAUCAAGAUUUAGAAGAUAAAAUAGAGCAAUGGACGAAUACGACAUAUUUUGUUGUUUUUCUUUUCUGACCGUAGCAGUAACACCAGACGGAAAUGGAGACGAAACAAGUUGUCACCUAUAGUGUCAAAGAUGAGUCAUUACUUGAAAACUUCAUCUUCAUUUUCGUAAAAAGCCUCGAAAUUUUCUUUGUAGUUUUCGUUGUUUGGAUUCUUUUGGAGUUGCUUCUCAGAGCUUUAGGAAAUGAUCUCACAGGUUCACAGCAGAUUUCACCCUCGCACUCUGUUUUUUGGUGUUUCUCUACUUACCGAUUACCGUAGUAGUUAUAUCAAAGUUCGCACAUUUCUGUUGCAGUAUAUGCUUCUCAUGAAUACCUACCUGAAAUGUCGAUGUUACAACAUUUUUUUACGCAAAUAUAAUCAAAAUGGGUCUAUGUUUUCUUCCGUUUCUUGUCUUGAAUAUGUUAAGUUGGUGGAAACGAAAAAAAAAAGACUGAAUUUAUUAAGGUUUUGAAAACUGUACCGAUUGCUAAAAGUAAUUUAAUGACACUAAAUUUUGACUCGACAAUGAUGGUUGUAUCGAAUAUACAAGUAAUCAAGUAAUAAUAACAUAAAAGCAAAAGGAACUAGCUUUCACUCCCAUAUUAAGUAAUGCAGUAUGAUAGUAUUAGUAACAAAUAAGUAUUUUACUAAUUAUAAGCGAGAAUCUCACGUCCCCUGUCCACAAAUGGCAACAAAGUAUGCCCAUGGUACCCAAAAGCAGGUGUUCAUAGAUGGUUGGUUGCAGUUGGGGAAGGUUAAGGCGAGAUGGCGAUGCUAAAGUAAUUGGUGUCCGUUCAACUUUUGCAACUUAGAGCAAAACAAAAAUGGCGACUUGGGUCCCCCCAAUUCGUGUCAUGCAAUCUACAGUCAAAACGUGCCCAUACUGCAUAGGUUGUAGUCUCCCACUUGCAUUUCACUGAUUGCUAACCGGGGAUUGGUCAUCAGAUUCCUCUAAGUAAUAAUGUCCAGCGUUAAUUGUUAUAUAAAGACUUGCUUGUUUCUUGCAUUCUAUUCCAUGUCUCUUCUUGAGAGAGUUCACUUCUCUCACUCUAAAAGUCUAAAUCACCUUGUUUUCAACUGUCUCUCUUUCCUUUUCUAGUCGAGUACUUUUCUUUCACUUUUCACUUAGCUGAUAGGUUUCAACUUGCACCAUCUUUUCAUUAGCAUUCUGUAUCAGUCCUCAUCCCACUGUAUGCAUUGCUAGCUCUCAUAUUACCCCAACUCCUUGAUUUUCUUUUUGUUUGAGUCGUAGAAGAUGUUACUUAGAAGCUCCUCGGCACCGAUUCUAACUUCAUUGUUACACUAUUCAAAGGAGUCCUCCUCCGAACCAGAACACAUUCUUAACCUUCCUAAAACAGCAUCAGCUUUAAGUCUAAGCCAAAACUUGGUGGAGAUAGACCUUAAAAAGUCAUCAAGUCCCAAGAGAAAAAAUCGUGUGCCACUUAGUAGUGUUCCUAAAAAUCAACAGAGUAAAAAGAUAAAAGAAAGAGAUGAAGGGAAAGAUCCACAACAAAAAACUUGCAUGAAAGCAAAAUCUUCAAUUCAAGAACUGUUUUCUAGUUUGGAUUUAGAUAAGGGACUCCUGGAUCAUGAAGAGCGUGGUUCGGGGAAGAAAGAUAGUUGGUUACAGACUUCAGUGAUGGGUGGUGGAAUGGGGAGUGAUGGUGGUUGGAUUUGUGGUGGUUGCAAUGGAAGUGGAAGAGGCUCAGGUGGUGGACAUGGAAAAAGGUGGGGUUUCCAUGAAGGAAAUGAUCAUGGUAGAGAUAGGACGGAAGCUUAUUACCAGAACAUGAUUGAAGCAAACCCCAGUGAUGCACUUUUGCUAGGAAAUUAUGCAAAGUUUUUGAAAGAGGUUUGUGACGAUUAUCCUAAAUCAAAAGAGUAUCUCGAAAGGGCGAUUUUGGCUAAUCCUGAUGAUGGUCAUAUUCUGUCCCUCUAUGCGGAGUUAAUAUGGCAAUUAGAGAAGGAUGCUAAUCGAGCUGAAGGAUAUUUUGAUCAAGCCAUUAAAAGUGCCCCAUAUGAUAGCUAUGUCCUAGCUUCAUAUGCUAAUUUCCUUUGGGAUGCCGAAGAAGACGAGGAAGAUAAAGACUGUAAAAAUAAAUCGAAUCACAGCCAUACAUAUCCAACUGAUCUCUUUCAUGGAGCUAACCAUCACAUUCAUUUAACUGCAGCCAUAGAAACCUCACCACUGUUUCUUAAGUGAAGGUGUGUGACUUGUAUGACAAAUGUAAGUAAAUAAUAGUCUUUUGUCAGCUAUUGUGAAUAGCAGCUUGGAUCAUACUAAGAGAAAGCAUCUUUAAUUUGGUGCCUCUUGUGCUGGUAAAAAGGCUUCCACCAUUGUAUCUUUUAAGAAUAAUGUUAGUUUUGUAUGCAGAGACUAAGGAGUAAAGAGCAACACUGUAUUAUAUACCUUUAAUAUAGUAUUAUUCUACUCUUAAUUUAAUUGCUUUAAGCAGUAAAA